AUAGAUACCAAACCAACCACACACACAAACAGAAACUCUCUUGUGGUACAUUUUUAGUAAACGUACAAACACAUUAUUCUGUAAUGGGUAAUAUCUUGGGACGCACGAAAACUGUGAAAAUCAUGAAGAUCAAUGGCAAGAGUUUCAAGCUGAAAACUCCGGUGAAAGCUGGUACGGUUGUUAAAGAUUUUCCAGGUCACGUUCUCUUCGAAUCUGAAUCCGUGAAGCGUUUCGGUAUCAGAGCAAAGCCUUUGGAUCCUAAACAAUACUUGCAAUCCAAAAGGAUUUAUUUCAUGGUUGAACUUCCCAGUACCGGCUCUGAUCGAAACCCACGUGGCAGAAGAUGGAAAGAGAGAACCCCGAGAAGGGUUCGGUUGGGAAUCAAGAUGGGUGCCAAGGAGAGGCUUGAGAAUCUGAAGCUUUCUCGUAGAUCAUCGUCUGAUCUCUCGGUAAUAAAGGAGGUUGCUGAAGAAGAGAAAGAAGUGGUGACUAGUGUGAAGUUGAAGUUACCAAAGUGGAAAGUGGAGAAACUAUGGAAAGAGAGUGAGAGUGUCUCUGAUUUCUACAACAAGAUCACAGCACUUUGUCUCCUCAACGUUCCAAGUGGUUUGAUUCAUCAGAGACAACAUUUGCUUCGUAAUGGAGGAAGAAGCGUUCAGAUUGGAGACAAAGAAGCUGUCAAUUAUUUUUAAGUUGUGUUGUAUUCUUGUUGAAGACCAAAAGAGAAACAAACACUGAUCCCUUUCUCAAGCCACGUUUCUUGCAUCUUUUAAU